AGAACCCAUACUCUCCUCUGCCACAGCUGCCGUGUGUCGGUGCUGGGACUGCCUCGUUGUUGCAGAGGCUGACAAGAACCCCAGCUCUCUCCACCACCUCCUUGAAUCUGCGCUGGGCCUGACUGAGUCUGCACUGGACCUACCUGUCAACCAGCAUGACUUGGAAUUGGGCCGAGUCAACUCUGCGUUAGGUCUACUUCCUGCUGAUGACCAAGUUCCUCAACAACAGAUCCAGAACUGAAGACAGACGCUAACUCUGGAAGUGAGAACUCGGAAUCUCAAGGAGAAGCGAGUGAGUCAUCUGAUGUUUCUGAAAUGGAUUUUCUGAGGAAUUUGUUGUCGCGUUCACUCAAUCUGCGGGAACAGCAACCCAAGAAGGUUUUGGAAGAACUUAGCAUCGAAGGAAUAGCAAAAUACAUCCUGAACAACAAAUGUGAAAAGAUUAUAUGCAUGGUCGGAGCUGGCAUAUCAACAUCGGCAGGGAUCCCUGAUUUCCGCAGCCCUGGUACAGGUCUCUACCACAACCUUCAGAAAUACCACCUGCCGUAUCCAGAGGCAAUUUUUGAAACUGAUUACUUCAAGCAACACCCAGAACCAUUUUUUGCCCUGGCAAAGGAGCUGUACCCCGGACAGUUUAAGCCCACGGUUUGCCACUAUUUCAUGCGGAUGCUAAGAGACAAGGGACUGCUGUUACGCUGUUAUACCCAGAAUAUUGACACCCUGGAGCGUGUAGUUGGGCUACAGGAUGAGGACUUGAUAGAGGCACACGGGACAUUCCACACCUCCCAUUGUACUAACCGCGCAUGCAACAAACUGUACAGCUUGGAAUGGAUGAAAACACAGAUCUUCACAAAGCCAUUGCCAAAAUGCGAAGAGUGUGAUUCUGUGGUGAAACCUGAUAUUGUAUUCUUUGGUGACAGUCUCCCCCAACGAUUCUUUGCAACUAUGGAGUCUGAUUUUCCAAAAUGUGACCUCCUCAUCAUCAUGGGCACCUCCCUGCAGGUGCAGCCAUUUGCGUCUCUCGCCAGCAGGGUGUCUGACACAACACCCAGACUUCUCAUUAACAAGGAAAGUACUCAACAGCAUGACCCGAUGAUGGCAUUAUUAGGACUUGGGAGCUCCCUUGACUUUGAUUCCAGCAGAGCCUACAGGGAUGUGGCUUAUGUGGGUUCGUGUGAUGAUGGCUGUCUUUCUCUCGCUGAUCUUUUGGGUUGGAAGGAAGAGCUUGAAGAUAUUGUGAAGAAGGAACAUGCCAUGAUCGACAGUAAGACUGAGGGUGCCCAGGGCACAGGCAAAGCCCCAGCCGCAGGCAUGAAGAAAGAUGAUCCCGAGGCAAGGGGGCACAAGCCAGCAGCAAACAGCAAGACAGAUAAACCAACCGGUUAAAACUGUGCCAGUCAGUCUGAUUGCCACGCAACCCAGCCAAGGGUCUGUCAGUGCAGGGGAGAUGCUCUCGUAAUUUAUAUUAACUACCUUAAGAGUGACUGUACAACUAUGGGGCUGAUUUCCCCCUCUCACUUUCAACAUUGUAGUUCUAACAUACAUGAUUCUUAUCACAGUGUGCCACCACACCUCUAGAUGUCACUGGUUUUGCAUUUCCUUUGAUUGUAGACAUCUUGUGGGGUGUGGACUAGUCUAGCCACCGCCCUCUCGGGCAGAUGAGUCUGCGGCAAUCUGAGAAAUGGGAGGCUUUUUAUUUCUUUGUGACCCUUGUGUCUCAUUUCCCCUAAACCAAGCCGGGGCCAGAGCACGACCGCCUGGGAAUCAGCGCCAUUUAAGACAAUUUAAAAACAAGGUUUUAUUUUUGGCUUUGUUACAUAAGCCAAAAGCUCUACAUGCACAUUUCUGAGAGAGAGAGAGAGAGAGAGAGAGAGAAAAUAACUGGCAACUGGCAAUUAAUGGAGAAUUGAACUGCAUAACUAAAUGAUGGAAAAUGGCUCAGAAUCCAGAGUACUGAAGUUUAAAUUUUAAAUGCCUUAAACCUAACACCUAUAAAUUCUUCUCAUUGCAAAGAGACAGGUAAUAAUAAUUAUUGAUGUAAAUAUGUAUUAAUAAAUUACAGGGUGGCAUAUUUCUCAUUCAGCUGCAAAUUAGAUUCACUUGAGUUUAUUUUGAUUACUGCUGAUUAAAAUAAUCUUAAACAUUUA